CAAUUCUCACAAUUUCCUUAAAAACACACGAAAACGGAAAAUUUUAAAAAAAUUAUGCCGCGAAAAGCUUAAAAAUUAAGGGCUAAAAUGGACGCUUAAUAGAAGAUAGCAGAAGAAAAUGAAAUCGAAGCAAGUGCAAAAUGAAAUUAGGGUUUUUGGACAACGCUCAAUUUCUUCCUCUUUCUUUUCUAAAUCACCGUCAAUUAUGGCUAAAGAUUCAAAGAACGAGGCAGAAAAUAAAGGAAUAAACAAGAAUUCAAGCAUUUCGCUGUCUGAUUUCCUUGAUCAGAAGCUGCAUACGAAUCCAGUACUUAAAAAAAUUGUUAAGGGUAAGUCAACACCUUUUAAGUCACCUUUGGGUAGUAAAGAUGACUCUGAAAGAUCAAUUGAUAAUCAUAUUGGGAAUUCUAAAGUAGAGAGAGGAAAAAAAUCUGUUGUUGAUCAAGUGGUAUUUGAGAAAUUCAAGCCAAUUAGUGCAGAAAUAGGACAUGUUAUAGAUAAUGGUGGCGGUGCUGGUGAUGAAACUGGAACUUCUAACACAAUAGUGGGUACAAUUUCGUUUGCUGCUAGUGACAUAGGAACUCCACACUCAAACAAUGAGCAAGUAAGAACAAGCGAAAGGGUGGAACGAUUUGAAGAUUGUAAUGGCAAUACGGGAAGGCGUUUACUAGUUCUAGGAGAUGAUUCAAAAGUCAAGCGAAAAGGAAGGAGAGAGGGGUUCGUUGGCAACAAAAAACAAAGGCCCUCAUUUAAUCACUAUGGAAAUGGUAGCGGCUGGUGGGAUUGUGACAUGGAAGGUGUUGACGAUGAAGAAGUAGGCUUGGGUGAUGUCUGGGAAGGAGUGGGCUCUACAACAUUUGGAGUCAUAGAUUGGCAUUAAUUUUACUUGCUUUGACAGUAUGUUUUACGUAUCUAGUCUAUGUUGCUUCUUAGAAAAUUUACUCUUUUAGGGUUUCUUGACUAUCAAGCAAUUUGUUCUGUUAAGUGUCAUCUAUGGCAAUGAGUGAACCAAUAUGCUGAAACUCUCAUCUCACGACCCUGUGCUCGGCUCGAGCUUGUUCGUUAGUUUAAAUGAAUGAAUUUGGGUUCUAA